GCAAUGACAGCAUUCAAGCAUUGUGUUUUGACAAAAGGCAAAACCUAACAUAAAAAUCAGCAUGAAAGGAAUUUAGGAAGAGUUUGGUGAAAUUGAAACUCGGUUAAAAUAGGAUAAAGAAAGCAGACGCACACAUUUGUGGCAUCAAUACAAACACACUCAUUCCUUUGAUAUGGCGACUGUAUGAAAUUUUUUGUGUACACAAACACGAAUCUCAAUAAACAUAGAGUGCAGUUUUGUGUUGUACGCAUCAAAGAUAAAAUGUCAUAUCAUUGAAUGGAAGAGAGUGAGUGAGAGAACGAAAAAAAGAAGAGAAUAUGAACGAAUAGUGACAUAAAUGUCGAUGGUUUGCAGAGAAAAACAAAAUUAUUUUGUGAAUAAAUUAUUAUCGAAAUGCAAAAAUUGCACUAUCGACCAGCGUCCGAAGGCAGCGGAAGAUCGCCAAAAAUAUGCAAUUCCAGCGUGGAUGAAUCUGUUUACAUAAAAAUGAUUCGCCAAGAGCGACCAUUAUGGGAUAAAAAACAUCGCGACUACAAAAAUCUAGAAGUGAAAAACAAAAUAUGGAAGGAAAUUGCAGAAAAAUGCGGAUCAACCGAUUUGGAGUGUAAGCGUCGAUGGACGGGAUUGCGAGAAAAAUAUAGACGUGAAAAAAUUUUGAAUUACAAACAACGGCGCCUAGGUCAAGUGGUUGACUUAACACAAAGAUGGCGAAAUUACAUGAACAUGAUGUUUUUAGAUCAAGUCUACACACCUAGAGGAAAUUACCAAAAAUCAAAUGGUUCAACAUCAGUUGAGGAACGCGAUGAGAGCAUUCCGCCACAAGAAAUCAAAUUCGAAGACGACGAAUCGGAUGAUGAUUGUAAUGCAGCCGAUUUUCUAGAAACUAGCCUCAAUAGUAAUAAUGCACUCUCAAUGCCUGAAACAUCGCCGGCAAAUUUUGCAUCGGCAUCAUCAUCACAAUUGGCCCAACUGACCGCACAAAAUAUAAAUGGAAAUGGUUCAAUAUUUUCGAAUGUGUCGAAUGAUCGGCUGGCCAAUCCAGACAGUUUUCCGCGCAUUUGGGUGAAUUCGCUGCCAAAUCUUCCGAUGCUAUCGAAUCAUCUGAAAGGUGGCGGCGACGAAUCGUCAUCAUCAUCACAAUCAGAUCAAAAAGGUCAUCAAAAUCAACCCGAACUGAAUACAAAUCAUCACGACUUAUUUUCUGUUAACAAAACCGUUAAUAAAUAUAGCUCAUUUGGACAGUAUAUUGCCGAUACGCUUCAGGAAAUGGACGAGAAGUAUGCAAAUGAAUUGCACGUACACAUUCUUGAGGAAAUUAUCAAAAUCAAAAGUAAAAUCUUCAAGGAAUCGUAACAGAGCCGAUGGCGUUUUGAACAGUUGAUCAAAUCGCUUAUGAAAUUGUACAAGAGUCGCAAACAGUAGGCUUCUUUUUCUUAUUUUUUUUAUAUUCAUAAUUAUAAUAUCAUUAUCAUCCAUUAUUAUUAUUUUUAAUUACUCAUCAAUAAUAUAGCAUAUAAUCAUAUGCAAUAGCGUAUGGUCUAUUUCCUUGAUUUUUUUUUCUCUAUUCAUUUUUAUGACAUUAUCAAUAUUAUAAUCAUUUUUCUUUAUUAAUAUCAAUCUAAUUGUUUAGACUCAAUGUUUUGUUUUCCAUGUGAGACGAGGGACGAUCAUAUAUGAAUUCAUUCUCUUGGUAUCAAGAAAUUAUACAUUUAGAUCAUUAUUAUCAUUAUUAUUAUUAUGAUUACUCAUAAGUAUUAUGCCAUAUAUUUUGAAGAAUUCCAUUUGUUUAGGCAUUUGUAGUUUAGUCGUUUAGUCACACAUUGUAUUGAAUUUUUAGUUAGUUGCUGACUGACAGAAAAAAUGAGAUGAAGAUAAAUAAAUAAAAAACCAUUAUAGUAUUAUCAUUGUAUCCGACUACAAACCGAUUACAAAGCAGAGAUCAUUAAUUCAGUUUAAUAAAAUGUAA